CCCCGCCCUCACAGAGCCAGGAGGCGCGGAAGGUUCCAGUAGGUUCUGGCGACUUACCUCACAGGCCCAGCAGCGCGGCAGUUCACUGAGAGAAGGGCCAGGCACCGCUGGAAAUGACGAUCCUCCUUGCUUUGCUCCUGGUCCUGGACCUGCCACGGGUGGAGACAGAUGUCACCGUGUCUGGAAAACAAGGUGUAACACUGAGGUGUCAUGUAUGUGAGAUAGAGAAUAGUUUCAACUGCACCCAUGAAACGAACUGUGACGAGGGUGCUAAGUUUUGUUCUUCUGUUGCCGUGAGAAUAUAUCCACGUUUCUUCUAUGUUUCAAAGCAGUGCUCAAAGUAUUGUCCAGUAGGUGAAUCGUUGGAUCUGAUAGUCAAGUCCUUUGUCCUCUUAAAGCCCACGCCUUUUCUGUAUGUAAAGUGCUGCAGUGGCAUGUUAUGUAACAGAGAGGGGCCAGACCUCCCCGAGCCAGGGUACAGACAAGGCGGGAGCGCAAGCGACGCGGGGGGCAGCAGUGCUUGGCUGGUGCUCUUCCUGACACUGUCCUCUGGGCUUUGGGGCCUCAGGCUGCCGUGAGCCAUGGAGCAUGCCUCGGUCCCUGCCUUCUGGAGCAUGGCACAGUUGAAAUGGACUCGCUGCAGCUGUUUGGAACCUGUUGCAUUAAACUUGUUUUCCACUGACUAA